AGUACUUCUGAUUUUCCAGAGUGAGUUCAAGAGGUGCACUAUGUCCAUGGGUGACUCUCCCGGGCCCGGCCGGCUCCAUUCACAGAGGUCUGGGACGCAGGCGGCAGCCGGACUGUGGUCCCCGAGAAAUGGCUCCAACGCAGCCUCAGGGAGGGGGGCGUCUUCUCCCUCUCCCCUUCUCGCCUCCCUCCUCCCCCCCCGCGACCGCACAGCCGCUCUCCGCUCCUCCACCCCCAGCCCACCCACCGCCGCCAGCGGAGACGCCCGCCCCGGCUCCGGCAGCUGCUGCGGUUGCGGCUCGGCACCGCCCCCGGCCUCCCCCGCCGCGCCCCGCCGGCUCCCGCCGCUCGGGCUCUCCUCGCCACUGCCAUCGCCGCUGCCACCACCUCUGCCGCUGCCGGUGCGGCGGCGCGGGGUGCGGGGGGCGGGCCGGGGGCGGGCCGGGGGCCGCGGCGCGGCCGUCGGGCCCGGCGCGCCGGCUCGGGGGCCGGGGAGGACCAUGCACCGCGCUGCCUCCAACCAGCGCUCGGUCUCCUCCUCCUCGGGCUCCUUCCAGCCGCCGCCGCCGCCGCCGCCGCUGCCGCACGCCGCCGACCGGCAGCCCCUCUUCCCGGGGGGCUCCAGCAGCGGGGGCAGCCGGCGCGGCUCGGGGUCGAGCUCGGGCUCGGCGCGGGCCCACCGCCCCCGCAGCCCCCGCAGCAGCACCGAGGAGGAGGAGGAGGAGGAAGAGGAGGAGGACAGCAUCAGCAUCAGCAAGCCCCUGGUGCCGCCGCUCACCGCCUCGCUGCCCGCCGCCGCCUCGCCGCUCCCAAGCAGCAGCAGCAGCAGCAGCAGCGGCGGCGGGAGCCCGGCCCGCAGCAUGACGGCGGCGGAGCUGUACGGGGCGGCGGCGGCGGGCGGCGGGGCAGCGGGCGGCGGGGCGGCGGCGGGGACGCUGCUGGGGACCGGCGGGGCGGCGGGAGGGCGGCGCUGGGGCUUCCAGGCGCUGUCCCUGGUGCUGCUGCUGGGGCAGGGCGCGCUGCUGGACCUCUACCUGAUCGCCGUCACCGACCUAUACUGGUGCAGCUGGAUCGCCACCGACCUGGUGCUGGCGGCCGGCUGGGGCAUCUUCUUCUGCCGCAACAGCCGGGCGCGCCGCCGGGAGCGGCCCCCGCCGCCCCCCGGGCCGCCGCCGCCGCACCCGCUGCUGCUGCACGGUCCCCCCGGCGGCCGGGGGGCUGGGAUCCGCGGGGCCGGGGGCCCCCCCCGCGGCGGCGACUUCGCCUACGCGCACCUCGCCUGGCUCAUCUACUCCAUCGCUUUCACGCCCAAGGCGGCGCUGAUUCUGGGCACCUCCAUCCUGGAGCUGAUCGAGCUGCGCCUGCCGCUGGGCACCACCGGUUUCCGCAUCACCCUGGCGCUCUCCGCGCCGCUGCUGUACUGCCUGCUGCGGGCUAUCGGCACCGAGGGCGCCGGGCAGCUGCUCCUGCCGCCGCAGCCGCCUCCGCAGCACCGCGCCGCCGCCGCCUUCCUCGCCACCUGCCUCGACCUACUCGACAGCUUCACCCUGCUCGAGCUGGUGCUGCAGCCUGGGCGGCCGGCGCCGCUGCCCGCCCCGCUGCGCUACCUCCUCAUCGCCGUCUACUUCCUCUGCUUGGCCUCGCCGGUGCUGUGGCUCUACGAGCUCAGCGCCGCCCGCCCCCCUGGUGCCGCGCGGCUCGCCCUCCACCUCCUACUGCCCGCCGGGCUGCUGGACGCCCCGCUCCUGGCGCUCCGCUGCCUCCUGCUCCUGCGCUACCAGCAGCCGCUUUCCCUCUUCAUGCUGAAGAAUCUUUUCUUCCUGGCCUGCCGCGGCCUGGAGGCGCUGGAGACCUGUGCCUCCUCCGCCCCACCACCGCCCCGCCGCCCACCAAGUACGGCCCCGCCGCCGCCACCCCCGCCCGCCGCCCCCAUGGCCCACGGGCUCUCUGACGUCGACGUGGGUCCCCACGGGUACGUGAACGCCUUGGCGGUCACUGCCCAGGGCUGACAUCCUCCCGGCCGCCGCCCUCGGAGGGGCUGCCGCCGCCUCCGGCUCCGCUCCCGGCAGAGUCUCUCUGCGUUUCUGCUCAGGUUCCCGCCGCCGUGGCCGAGCAGGGGAAGGGGACGCGGGCUCCCCUGUCAGACUCUCGCUCUCCUCUUCUGUUUCCCCGGGGCAAAUCCCGCAGCGGAAGCUCAUUGCGAACCUGACUACCUGCAGGAGCCUACGGCAGACGGUUGUCACUAGAAAAUGCACCUGCCCUUCACAAAAAGUCUUCUUCUAGUGCUUCUGCCUCUCCACACUGUUUGGAGGGUCCCACUCUUUCCCUCCCGCUCCCCCCCAGGACAUCGUGUUGCUUUGUGACCAUAAAGGUUUAGUUUUUCCUUUUCCUCUUCAACAACAGGGACCAGUGGAUUUUGUCCCCUUCUUUUAGAACUCCUGCUGACCACAACGAGAUGUGAGAGGGAUCUGACCAGCAGAGACUGUGCCUUCAGGAUGCAGGCAGGACAGAAGGAAACAUAUGUUGGUUUCACUGGGUCUUGCAAAGCUGCCGCCUCUGUUUUGCAGCAGCAGAGCUGCAGAGGGUCUUCGUUGUGCCAGCUGGGGAACCUCUGGGAGCAUGUUGGCCAUCUGGUCAUUUCAAGCCUAGGAACCACUUUCUCAGAGCUGAAAAUGUCUACCUCUGUGCUUCAACCUUUUGCAUCUUAAGUUGACUUCACACUCUAAAGAAACAUGUGAAUCAGGCAUGGACAUAAUCCAGGGGCUUAGACCCCAUUUCACUACCACCAAGACAUUUAUUUCUGGUGAGAACAGGGUUUACAGCAGCCUACUGCUUGCUUCAGACAGCAGCCCUCCAGUGCUGGCACUCUCAUUUCUCUGUGAAUAUGCAUGUUUAUGGGUUCAGUGUUGGUUUUCUUUUAUGCAGAGCAUAGGGUCUUCCUUUACACAGCCUGGGAAGCCUGGAAAGGUUUCCUCUGGCCCCCUUCCCUCUUUGAGAGAGCAGAGAUGAGGCUAGGCCUGCCAACUGCCCCCUCUCAAACAGCAGAGGAUAUCUGCGCUGCUCGGGGUGGGCUCUGUGCUUGGUGGACCUCACUUUUCAGCACAGAAAGCAGUGCUGCAGGAGCCAUGGAGAAAGCCCAUGUACCAGCAUCCUGCCCUCCAUGUGCAUGUGGUUAAGGGUGGGUGGGGAAGAUGUUAACUUGUGUUUCCAAGAGAGGUUACUUUGGUUUUAAGCUCCAUGAAUGUUUGGUGGGGGUUAAGAUCCAUUCUUCUGUCUGGCUACAGCUGCUCCUGAAAACAGUCAAAUGGAAGCAGGAGCACAGAGGCCAUGCUCAGAGGAAGGACUUUACUCCUCCCAGGCUUUUAUUUUGUUAUCUGGGCAAGGCUGCAUUCAUCAGGAAAGUGCCAGUUUCCCAUUCUGAGCCUUUUUUCAGGCUGUACUGCUGGGAAGGGGAAGUAAAGCACAAUCGCUACCCAGAGCCAUCAGCAGGACUGCAGGUGCAGCCCAGACUUCUCCUGCACAUACAUCCAGUCUCUCUUUCAGGGCUCAGGCUCCUGUGGGACUGAGCCUCUGUCCCAUCUCCCUUUUCACAGAGUGGGAUCAACUGCCUGCUGCAGGGGACUGCUACAACAAAAUGUUUACAGUCUGGUGACUUCCAGCUCCCACAGGCAGAAGUCGGGGUGCCAUGAGGCUCUUCUCCCCCAGCUCUUGGGUGGCUGGUGAGUUUUGAGGGGUUAGAAAAACCCCUAGAAAAGAAGGAGCAAUAGCACUCUCCUGUUCAGAGCUGCAGCUAAGGUGGGUGAUGUGCUGCUCUCCCUGUGCCACAUGGAGAGUCAGGAAAGGCUAGGCUUAACUUUCCCACCAGUGCUUUAUUUUUAAUCCAAGCCCUUAGGUGGGCAAUUGUGUGAACUUUGGCCAGUGGCCUUUCUCUUCAGUAACUUCUUUUUGUCUGGACAAUCUUGGUGCUGUGAGUGACUGUGAUUGUAAAACUUGGUACUGUGAAUUUUUCCUAUGUGAUGUGAGAUGUGCCGAGGGGAUGCUAAGUUCCUGGCCAAAGGAGGUGUAAUUACAGGUAUAUUGCGGUUGUACAGAUACUUGUUCUCUUUCACCUUCCCUUUUCAGCAUUAAACAGAGUAAAAGCUCAGAAAGAACUGCAGCAUUAUUCAAGAAAGAAUAACUAUAAAAUACCUAUACCUAGGUAUAGAUGAACAACAAAAAAAAAAACAAAACCACAAAACUUUGCCUAAACAAGGUGAAGGGGAAAAAAAAAAAGCUAUUGCCCCUCAACUACAUUUUGCUGCUUCUACAGCCAAGUACACAAUAGCACCAAAGUGCAUAGAAGAACAUCCUUAAUACACUGAAGUGUAAGAAUAGCUGAGACACAAGAAGUAUCACAGCAGAAUUAUUAAGAAGUCUUAUUUCAGUACCCCUUCAUAGCACCUAAAGUUGCUGUUUCAACAGCAAGUGCCUUUUUCCAUUUAAGACAUUAUCGAGAAAAUGGCAUUUUUGAAACUUAUCUAACCAUGGCAUAUUUAAACCAUUAACACUGAAAUCACAGUUUGAAUUUGUGCAUAGAUGCAAAUGUUGCCUGGGACAGAUGACCCUGCAAAACAAUGCUUCUGUUUCAUAGAAUUCCUUUGUAGAAAAAGUGGUUCUUUGUAGUGCCAUAGUUAGUAAAUUGUUAGUUGCUAGUAAAUGUGCUGUUUGGAGAGCGUAAAGCUCUUGUGGUUGGCUCUACAGAAGCCCCCUUGCAACUAAAAGGGCAGCUCUGCUGUCACUUGAAUUACUUACUACAAAGAAACAUUUAAAACUCUUCAAUGUCUUGUUUAUAACCCUGCUCCUCCUUUGGAAUACUCUGAGCUCUAACUUCCAUUUAAACCCCUCUGCUGCACAAUAGGUCCAUCUGCAGAAGAAAUAGAUAGUGGUACCAUUAAAGUGCAAACAACCUCUCACCCCAUGCACCUCACACACCUACUGUGUGUUCUGCCAACAUUAAAUUACUGGUCCAGGUCAAUAUCACUUUGCUAAACAAAGUUGUGCCAUACUAUGACAUACAACCCUUGGGAUUCUGUUACAAGCCCUGUAACACAACUUAGCUAUUUAGGAUUUUAUUGCUGUGUUUGCUAUCAUGACAAAGACAUGACUACUCCCAGGAGAGGAAACGGAAGUCAGAGAUAAGGCCUGUGACCAAUGGACACUUGGCAUCCCCCUGGCAUUAAUCAAAACUUGUAUUUUUUAAAAAGCAAGAUUGUUAAAAUAAAAUUAGAAACUUGUGA